AUUCAAAAACCAGAGGUUUUUAGUAGGUUUAGCAGUACUCACUGAAAUUGAAUGGAGUUUUGUCACUUUUGUCAUCCCUAAUUGAAAAAAAAAUUACAAAUUAUACAAAGCAGCAGCAGCCAUUGAAAAAGCAAAAAGAAAAAAAAAAGAAAACCUCUACUCUCUGGUUUUUGCUUGAAGUGGUGAUUAUUUGUGGUAACUAUUGAGGACUGAUACUAAUGGCGGCUUUCUCAGCCACGAUCUCUGAUUCUUCACGCUUUCUUUCAUCUACCUCAUUGCCUAAACGGAAGAUCUCUGCUCCUUCUCAAUGUCGUUCCUUUUCGCUUUCAAAGCCUUUUCCACUUUCCCGAUCAAAUAUCGGUUCUCAGUUGGGAGGAAGGAAGUCACUGAAUAUCUUUGUCCAGGCUUCAGUAUCAGAUAUCUCAGUGGAGAAAUCGAUGGAUAAAGUGCAUCUUCCCAAGGGAGACAUGUGGGCCGUCCAUAAGUUUGGUGGCACUUGUGUUGGGACCUCCCAGAGGAUCAAGAAUGUUGCAGAUAUAAUUAUUAGUGAUGAUUCAGAAAGAAAGUUGGUAGUGGUUUCGGCCAUGUCUAAGGUGACAGAUAUGAUGUAUGAUCUUAUCAACAAGGCACAAUCUCGAGAUGAUUCCUACAUCUCUGCAUUGGACGCUGUCUUAGAAAAACAUAAUUCCACAGCACUUGAUUUGCUUGAAGGAGAUGAUCUUGCUAGUUUCUUAUCUCAACUGCAUCAUGAUGUUAGUAACCUCAAAGCGAUGCUACGUGCAAUAUAUAUAGCUGGUCAUGUCACGGAAUCUUUCUCAGACUUUGUUGUUGGGCAUGGGGAGUUAUGGUCUGCUCAAAUGUUAUCUUAUGUUGUUAGAAAGAAUGGGCUAGAUUGCAAAUGGAUGGAUACAAGGGAGAUCCUUAUUGUAAACCCCACUAGCUCAAAUCAGGUCGAUCCUGAUUUCUUGGAAUCAGAAAAAAGACUUGAAAAAUGGUUUUCACAGAAUCCAUCUGAGAUAAUAAUUGCCACUGGUUUCAUUGCCAGUACACCUCAGAAUAUUCCUACGACUUUAAAGAGGGAUGGAAGUGACUUCUCUGCUGCCAUAAUGGGCGCUCUAUUUAGAGCUCGCCAAGUUACAAUAUGGACAGAUGUUGAUGGUGUGUAUAGCGCAGACCCUCGAAAAGUUAGUGAAGCUGUGAUAUUAACAAAAUUGUCUUAUCAAGAGGCAUGGGAAAUGUCAUAUUUUGGGGCAAAUGUUUUGCAUCCUCGCACCAUUAUACCUGUGAUGCGAUAUGAUAUUCCAAUUGUAAUAAGGAAUAUUUUCAAUCUUUCUGCUCCUGGAACAACAAUCUGCCGUUCGGCAAGUGCAGAUGUAGAUGGUCAGAACCUAGAUUCUCCAGUCAAGGGGUUUGCAACUAUUGAUAAUCUGGCACUAGUAAAUGUUGAAGGAACUGGAAUGGCUGGUGUUCCUGGUACAGCUAGUGCCAUUUUUAGUGCCGUGAAGGAUGUGGGAGCUAAUGUUAUUAUGAUUUCCCAGGCUAGUAGUGAGCAUUCUGUCUGCUUUGCUGUGCCUGAGAAGGAGGUAAAAGCUGUUGCUGACGCUUUGCAGUCUAGAUUCCGCCAAGCUUUGGAUGCUGGACGUCUUUCACAGGUUGCGGUCAUUCCUAACUGUAGCAUAUUAGCAGCAGUUGGCCAGAAAAUGGCUAGCACUCCUGGAGUCAGUGCUACUCUUUUCAAUGCUCUGGCAAAGGCUAAUAUUAACAUUCGUGCUAUAGCUCAAGGUUGUUCUGAGUACAAUAUCACAGUGGUUCUCAAGCGUGAAGAUUGUAUACGGGCUUUAAGAGCUGUGCAUUCAAGGUUUUAUCUUUCAAGGACGACCAUAGCAAUGGGAAUCAUUGGACCUGGAUUGAUUGGUGCGACAUUACUCGACCAGUUGAGGGAUCAGGCAGCAGUCCUCAAGGAAGAAUUUAACAUUGAUUUGCGUGUUAUGGGGAUUACUGGUUCGAGGACAAUGCUUUUAAGUGAAGUUGGUCUCGACUUGUCAAGAUGGAGAGAACUUCUGAAGCAGAAAGGACAAGUUGCUGAUUUAGAAAAAUUUACUCAACACGUGCAUGGAAAUCAUUUUAUUCCAAAUACUGUUUUGGUAGAUUGUACGGCGGACUCUAAUGUUGCAAGCUGUUACCAUGACUGGUUGCGUAAAGGGAUUCAUGUGAUCACUCCAAACAAAAAGGCCAAUUCAGGACCACUUGAUAAGUACCUAAAGUUGAGAGCUCUUCAACGGCAAUCCUACACACAUUACUUCUAUGAAGCAACUGUAGGAGCAGGUCUUCCGAUUAUUAGCACUUUACGGGGCCUCCUUGAAACCGGGGACAGAAUAUUGCGCAUUGAGGGCAUUUUUAGUGGCACUUUGAGCUAUAUUUUCAACAACUUCACCGGUACUAGAACCUUUAGUGAGGUGGUGGCAGAGGCAAAAGUAGCAGGUUUUACUGAACCAGAUCCUAGGGAUGAUCUUUCUGGAACUGAUGUUGCAAGAAAGGUCAUAAUUCUUGCCAGAGAAUCUGGCUUGAAGUUGGAACUUUCUGAUAUACCUGUUCAGACUCUGGUUCCGGAACCACUACGUGCGACUGCAUCUGCUGAAGAGUUUAUGAAGCAAUUACCUGAGUUUGACAAAGACUUGGCUAAGGAGAGACAGGAUGCUGAGGAAUCAGGGGAAGUCCUAAGAUAUGUCGGUGUAGUGGAUGCCAUUAACCAAAAGGGAGUUGUGAAGCUACGAAGAUACAGCAAAAGUCACCCAUUUGCUCAACUCUCGGGAUCUGACAACAUCAUAGCUUUCACAACUACGAGGUACAAGGAGCAGCCACUGAUAGUCCGUGGUCCAGGUGCUGGUGCUCAAGUAACAGCCGGUGGAAUAUUCAGUGACAUUUUGCGGCUUGCUUCAUACCUCGGGGCUCCAUCUUAGGCAACAUCAAACACUCCGGUUUUGGGCACUCUUUGGUCUUUCGGACUCGAAUCGAGUGCUGUAUUAGUGUUUAUACUCUAGUUUUACAUAUCUUGAAAAGCUUUAAGUUUUCUUUUUUAUUUCAGGGAUUUGUGGACUAAAAUAGUGAUUAGAUUAGUCCAAGCAAUGAUGCUUUUCUUCUAAUCAAAGGAAGUCACCCAUGUUUAUAAAGAAUGAAACAGGUCCUUCGAAUGAUGGAAUGGAAAUACAAUUAAGUUAGGGAUCAUAUCAGAUUCGAUUAUGAUUCCAUCAACGUAUUUAUUACAAUAAUUUUUCAGAUCAAUCAAAUAAUAAUUUUGAUUUAA